AUGCAGAUGUCAAGCAAGAACAUUGAUGACGAAUUAGAGCAGCAGGAGAGAAAGCCGACGCGAGAACAACUACCCAUCAUCAUCGCGGCCAAAGGCAUCAGAGAUGCAGCGCGGGCAACUCAAGACUUGAAGGUUCGUGGCCAAGGGACUGUCUGGAUCGCAAGUGACGAGAUCGACCUGACGCCUAUGCGGAUCCCUCAUUCUUCAGUCGAGAUUUCUCCCUCGGACGCCGAGAAUGGCAUUAUUCUUAUCGACACCAUGAUCUCCAACCCAACGGCAAAUCCGAACAGCACGACGAAAGAAGUGCGAAACCUCGCUCGCAUUUUAGCCGAGGUGGACCCUUCGACAUUCGGACUUCUGAAAUGUCGCGGUGUCAUCAAAAUCCCAAAGGAGAACACUCUUCAACCACUUUCAGACUUCAAGUACAUCUUCGAUGUCCCCGUUCACUUGUCUAGCCCUCAAAGUCUCAGGGAGAUUCUGCUUUCAGGGGUCUCAUACCCAUUAGACGAGCGACUGGAUCUUGCAAAGAAACUGGCUAGCUCAAUACUGUUUGUACAUAAUGUUCAGUUUGUACAUAAAAACAUCCGGCCGGAGACCAUUGUUGUAUUUCAAAACGAGGUUUCAAGUAUCGGGGCUCCAUACCUUGCUGGAUUUGAUCAGUUUCGUAUCGAGGAUGGUAACACGUACUUAGUCGGCGAUAACCUGUGGGAUCACAACCUCUAUCGACAUCCAAGUCGUCAAGGCAUCCUUCCAGAAAUGCAUUAUCAGAUGCAACACGAUAUUUACGGCCUCGGAGUCGUCCUUCUCGAAAUUGGACUUUGGACAUCCUUUGUAGUGCCUGACACAGAUCCAAAUAUCAUGCUACCCAGUCCUGCACUGGCUUCAUUGAGCAAUGAUUCUGCCAAACUGUCGCUCGGCACGCCCACCCAGUUGAAAGCGCAUUUUGAAAACCUCGCUAGAUGUGAGUUACCCCCGCGCUUGGGGAAACGAUACAUAGAAAUCGUUCUCCUAUGCUUGCGAUGUCUUGAUAGAGGUAUCCAGAGUGUUAACAAGCCCGGUGAGGAGAAUGGUGGAAAUGGUUCUGGCUUUGGAGUUAGCGUUGGCGGGGAAGAUGAGGAGAUCGUUGACGAGGAUGGUGUUGUGAUUGGAGUUCGGUACAUUGAGAAUGUAUUGCAGCGAAUAUUGGAAAUCAACGUGUAG